ACAGGAAGCGAGGAGAUACUCAUGGUGCCCGACUAGAAUGAAGCAACAAUUAUCGGUUAGUAACUUCUGUUCGAAUUAGCGCCUCCACACCAAAGGACACCCUACUACUCGAAAAUAUACGUUAUGGAUUUGGAGGAGAAUGAGGUGGAGAGCAGCAGUGAUGCAGGUCCCUCAGGGAUGGAGGAGCCAUCUGAAAGUGGCAUGGGAAUGGAGUCAUCAGAGGCGAUGUCUGCAGACAGCAGUGAUGCUGCUGCUCCUCAUGCACAGGCCCCAGAGUCUGACUGCCAUGUUGGACAGAGCUCGGAGGGACUUGUGGUGUUCAUCCCAGAAACAAGCUCUAGCACAGAUGUCAGAGUCUCAUCAGUCCAUCUUCCAGACUCCUCUUCAGUGGCCCAGUCCACCAGUGUGUCCAGUGUCUCCACGGUGACUCAGUCGGUGCUUGUGUCUGAGUCAGCUCAAGUGCUGGUCCACUCGAGUGCUGUCUCUGAAGGGGCUAUGAUGGUUUCUGACUCAACUGCUUCUACCUCAUCAGAUCUGGGGUCUGCCAUUGACAAGAUCAUAGAAUCCACCAUCGGCCCCGAUAUCAUGAAUGGUUGUAUAGCUGUGACCAGUGCAGAAGAUGGGGGUGCAGAAACAACCCAGUAUCUAAUACUACAAGGUCCAGAUGACGCAAUAGAAGCUCUCGCCGAAGGUCCCACAUCCACCUGUCUUGACCAGAGAGACCUGCAAGGCAACGUUGAGCCUGACCAGCCCGAUGAUCAGCCUGGACAUUCAGGUUACUUAGAAGACAGCAGCAGCCAGCCUGACCAGCCACAGCACUCCCACCCCUCCCAGUACAUGGACUGCAGUGCAGAUGGUCCAGACCAGACAGAGGAAUCUUCCUCUUCCUAUGUGGAGUGUUCAGGUGAGGAACCUGACCAGACACGCUCCCGUUCAGGCUUCCCUGACUAUAGUGGGAAUAACAGUGACCAGGAUCUGCCUGGUUAUGUGGGGUGCAGUGGAGCUGACUCAAAUCCUACCAGCCGAAGUCACUAUGUGGUGGAGUGCAGUGCUGGGUAUCCUGGGCGUGCAGCGGAUGAGGGGGAGCGGCCACAUCAUUCACGCAGUUACAUUGACAGUAGUGCAGACCACCGGACUCAGACAAGUCGUCAGUAUGCGGCUGAGUAUGGUGGGGAAUGUGUUGUAGCUGCAGAUUCUGAGCAGCCAGGUUGUUCUCGUUACCAAGCGGAGGACGAUGAUGAAGAUGAUGAUCAGAACCAGGAUCCAGAUCAGCCACAGCACUCUCAACAGCAGCCCCAGCACUCCUGUUAUAUGGAGAGCAGCAAUGGCCCAGAGGCUUCUCUCUAUACUGACGACAGUUCCUCUUCAGACCAUCCUCUGGCAGACACGGCAGGUUCAGGUGGACUUCCAGAGGCACUGGAAGGCAGCGAGAGCCAGCCGGGCCCAUUCAUCAGCAGCAGUGGGACCUAUACCUCUAAUGCAGAACCUGAGCUGGCCCAGCACUGCUCACCCAGCAAAGAGGAGCCCCAAGGCUCUCAGGAUGAAGCUGGGCUCGGCAGGGACAUGGAGACAUCAACUGUAGCAGAAGGCUCUGGAGAACGACCGCCAAACCUGGCUGAGUUAGAGGAAAUGAUGGAGGUAGUGAUCGUGCAGCAGUUCAAGUGUAAAAUGUGUCCAUACAAGAGUGCCUCCAAAGAUACUCUUAUCAACCACAUGAGAGACAAACACUUCAAACCUGCAGGGGAAAUGCCAAAGAAGCGUAAACGUGGACGACCUCCUAAAAGUGAGACCUUAGCCCGUCAAAAGGCAGAGAGGGAGGAGGCAGCAAAGAUGAAGGCCGCAGAGUCCCAGCAAGCAGCAGAAGAAGAGGAGGAUGACAUUGUGGAUGAUGGUGCUAUUGAUGAUCCUGAAAAGGACAGCGACUACAACCCAGCUGAUGAAGAUUCCAAAGGAAGACCACCUGCCAUUCUGAAAAAGUCAGCAACUCCCACUUCCUCUUCCUCUUCUCCUCAAGGGCGUCCCCGACGUAAAGCUGGCCGUCCAAGGAAGUACUCAGUUGUAGAUGAAGGCUACAGCAGCAAAGAAGCAGAAAGUAUUGCUAAGAAGCCUAGGGUUUGUUCGGAUGCUAAUGAGUCUGAAGAGGCAAGCUCUUCAGGCCUAGACAAUAGUGCACCCACGGUGACUGAUGGAGAUGCACCUGAGGCAGCAAUUAGCCAGUCAGACUCUGAGAACAAAGAUCCUUCAUCCAACCAACGGACGGAGGUCGAGUACUUCCCAAGAAAACGUGGCAGACCAUCCCGGCGCUUCCUUCGCAAGAAAUAUAAGAAGUAUAUGAAUCGGAAUCGGCACUAUAAAUCUCUCAAACCACUCCUGAGACCUCACAACUGCUACAUCUGUGGGUCACGUUUCCUCACUCUAGAAGACCUGCGCUUCCACAUCGACUCACAUGAAGGCAAUGAUCCGGAGCUCUUCAAGUGCCUGCAGUGCAACUAUCGCUGCAAGCGCUGGUCCUCGCUCAAGGAGCACAUGUUCAACCACGAGGGCACUAAGCCAUUCAAAUGUGAGGAGUGCGAUUACACAAGCGUGUACAAGAAAGAUGUCAUUCGGCAUUCGGCAGUCCACAACAAAGAGCGGAAAAGGAAGACAGAGUCGGUGCCGAAGGCGUCGGAGUUCCCCUGCCCUGUGUGUCACAGGGUGUAUCCCAUGCAAAAGAGACUUACUCAGCACUUAAAAACCCACAGCUCAGAGAAACCACACAUGUGCGAUAAGUGUGGAAAAUCCUUCAAGAAGCGUUACACUUUCAAAAUGCACCUCCUAACCCACAUCCAGAGUCUUGACGACAACAAGUUCAAAUGUGAGUUUUGUGACUACACUUGUGACAACAAGAAGCUGCUGCUCAACCAUCAGCUGUCCCACACCAACGACAGGCCUUUUAAAUGCGACUACUGUAAAUACUCUACUUCCAAAGAGGAGUUUCUCGUCUCCCAUCUGGCCAUCAAACACACAGGCGAGAAGCCUUUCUCCUGUGAUAUGUGUCACUUCAUGACUAAGCACAGGAAGAACCUGCGCCUUCAUGUGCAGUGUCGCCACGCUGAGGCAUUUGAAGAGUGGUCUUUGGCUCACCCUGAAGAGCCUGUAAAGACACGGCGCAGACCUUUCUUCACCCUGCAGCAAAUAGAAGAGCUGAAACAGCAACAUGAAGACACACAGAGCUUGCAGAACACUAUUGUCACUGUGGAUUCUGCAACACUGCAAGCCAUGCAGGGCAUGGAGAACGCCUCAGUGUCCCAGGACGCUUUGGGAAACACCACGAUCAUCUAUGAACAAGCUGAAUCCAGCGACCUAUCUGCUCAGAAUGCCCUGGACCUACUGCUGAAUAUGAGCAAUGCACGGGAGCUGGUUGGGAACUCCUUACAGGUAGCAGUGCUGAAGUCAGAUGGAAAAGCUUUGGAGAAGGGAACAUGGAGCACGGUGACAGCAGCGUCCGGUCAGGCCCAAAAGAUCUUGACCUUCCAUGUUUCUGAGAAUGGCGAGACAGUGCUACAAGAGGCCUACGAGGCUGCCACCUCUGAAACAGGAGAGCUUACCCACAUCGCCAUUGAAGGCUAUGAGGGGGGAGGGGACUUCAGUGUGGUGGAGCAGGCAGCUGAAGAAAUCCGUAGUCCUGGAUAUAGUAAUGUGGAGUCUAGCCCUUCUCAAGCUUUAGAGGUUUCUGGGUCAGAGAGCUUGAAAAGUGACAAGUAUUAUCUUACAUCAGCACUGGCUGAUGGUGUAUUGCAACAAGUGGAGCUGAGCAGCGAAGCUCCAGCUUCUCCCUCUGCAGUGGGCUCUCCCAGUCUCACUACGAAGAGGUUUUCCUGUCGAAUCUGCAUGGAGUCUUUCCAUGGACGCUCGGACAUGGAGAACCACAAGAGGGCGCACGUGGAUGCCAAUACUUUUAAGUGUCCUGACUGUGACUUCACCUCCACCUCCUGGCCUGAGGUCAAGACCCACAUGGGACAGCACUCCUACCUGCGUCCUCACAAGUGUCCAAACUGCAGCUUUGCCUCCAAGAACAAGAAAGACCUACGCAGACACAUGAUGACGCACACCAAUGAGAAACCAUUUUCUUGCAAACUUUGUGGACAAAGGUUUAACCGCAAUGGCCAUCUGAAGUUUCACAUGGAGCGUCUUCACAAUCAGGAUAAUCCUGCUCGCAAAAGUCGAACUACUGCGUCUCAGCAAACUAUAAUAGUUAACAGCGAUGAGGAGGCAUUAGCCACACUACAGUCCCUGCAGGGACAUCAGGCAGUGAUCACUCCAGAGCGGCUGCAGGCUCUAGGACAGGAGCACAUCAUUGUAGCUCAGGAACAAGCACUGUCAGACCAGGAGGAAGGUGCAUACAUCCAGCAGAUAACCACCAUAGACGGGCAGACGGUCCAGCAUCUGAUGACGGGAGACAACCAGGUGACUGAGGUCCAGUAUAUCAUCUCACAGGAUGGAGUUCAACACUUACUUCCUCAAGAGUAUGUAGUAGUAGCUGAUGGCAACCACAUACAGAUGCCAGACGGACAGAUAAUCCAGUACGAACAUGACAGAACCAUUGUUCAGGAGCAACAGAUUGCUGUAAGUCACGACGGUCAGAUCCAGUACCUACCUGUCAGCUCUGAUCAACAAAUCGUGAAUGCUGAAGAUCUGGAGGCUGCUGCCCACUCUGCUGUCACAGCUGUAGCAGACGCAGCCAUGACACAGACCCAGACAGUCUACACUGAGGCUACACCUGAGCAACUGGAAGAGCUGCAGCAACAGGGCAUCCACUAUGAUGUCAUUACUUUCUCCAAUGAAUAGAGAUACAAGUGCGCCAAGAGGAGGACCAAUACAAACCACUAUGAGCUAACAGAACAGUGACCUCAACUUAUUUAUGCAUCUAGCUGGUGAAGUGAAAAUAGGCCUUAUCUCCUGCCCAGCAUCACCUGCUCGGGGCGGCUGCAUCAGUCAAGAUCAACAGCUUCUUGUAAAUUUCAAUUACUGUACGCAGUGCUUCUAAUUUAUUCAUCGGUACUGGAACGUUGGGCUCUUCUCUAAUUAUUUAAACCGAAUUGUGUACAUGUGCCCCAACAGCUCCCAUGUGCAAGACAAUGUUAUUAAAAAUUAUAAAAUAGCUUAUUUCAUGUUAUUGAAAGUGUCCUAAUGAACAUUUUAGUUUUUGAAUGGAAUGAAAUGAAAAGGCACGCUUUAUUUUUGAUGUGUAAUCAGAUAAGUUCAUUAAUAAAAUGCCACAAUAUUGUUUUUACAUAAUAUUAUGUACAUACAUUUCGCAUGUGUCUUCUGUUGUGCAAUGGAAGACAUGUUUUGAUUUGAUGAGUAUAAAGUGUUUAAUAUGUUCAAAGCUGACACCAAAUAAAUCACUUUAUACAUGUA